GUCACUCAUGUCCCCAACAACGACUGCUGCCGCUGCGGUGGUGGAGGACGGGACUGCGGUUCAGGUGCACCGCUGUGAUUGAAAGACAGCGAAGUUUUAACCCUACCGUGAAGAAAGCGAUGACCCCACGGCUGAAUUACAGCGUGUUGUCUCAAGUGUUAAUCUGUUAAACCCAGCUCACCUAGCUGUUUUUUUUUUUUUUUUUUUAUCGGUGAUGGGAUUCCUCCAGGAGCGACCUGCCGCCUAAUGUUAACCCCUCUAAGAUGAAAACGGAUAAAUCGGACAGUGCCAAACACAUCAUGGACCCACUACAAGAGUAAAGAAAGGAAGAAAUUGGUGCAAACGCAUUCUACAAGAAGCCAGGCUGCUGUACUGCAAAAACAUUUCUUGUGCGAGGUCUUCUUGCCAAAACAGUAUGAAACUAGAUAAAGAACAUCUCUUCAGAAAAUCAGGAUGGACACGUUUUUGAAUUCUGUUCUGAGAACUCACUGACAUUUGUAAGAUAAACUUUGCAUAGUUAGAGGAUUUAUUACACAGCUGUGCUUUCUGACGUACCAGUGCUCCAGGAAAAGUGAUGGAGACAGAAGAGAGGGAGGAUGUAUCACAAAAACCCACAGCUAAUGUGAAGGCAGAGAAAGAGGAGCAUGUGACCUCUGGUCACACCUGUGGGGUGUGUGGCCGCAGCUUCCCUCUUCUCAGCUCUCUGUCCCAGCACAUGAGGAGACACACACGGGAGAAGCCGUACAAGUGUCCGUACUGUGAGCACAGGACAGCUCAGAAGGGCAGUUUGAAGGCCCACAUUCGAAGCCAUAAACUGGGCCUAUUCAGCCAUAACCUCAGUGACAAGGAAGGGGAUGGAGAUCAAGAGCAGAAGGAUAACGCCGGCACACUUGACCCUCCUGAAAUCGUCAGCACGUUGGACAAAGCUCAUAAUGUCAACGGGAAGGUGAAGAAGAAGGCAGCCAAGAAAAAACUUAAGGACAAAAAUGCAAUUGAGGUCAGUGAUGGGUCUGAUGGUGGGUCCUGUACCUGCAGCAUUUGCGGCCAGGUUUUCCCUCAGGCACUGCUUCUUAAGUCCCACAUGAAAAGGCACCGCAGCUCUCAGGAUCACGGUUGCCGGAUUUGUGGUCGCCGUUUCCGCCAGGCAUGGUUCCUCCAAAGUCAUAUGCGCAUUCACCGGGUCAAAGCCCAGCUAAGAGGUGGCAAAAGCAAUGAGCCGCCUGCCACCAUCAACGGAGUUCCUCAGGACCCAGCGUCGCUGACAAAUGAAGAGUGCCUCUACGAGCUCUGUGCUGGCUGUGGUAACUUCUUCUCAGACCGCAAGACAUUGCGAAUACAUGAAAAACUACAUAAACUGAACCACAGCCGCACUCAGACACAAAAUCUACCACAACAAGAUGUUGAUGCCUCUGAGCUGCACAUUGCUAAGGGGCAUUUUUUGGAAAGCCUGAACCUCACCUGUGUUGGACCAAGGGAAACGUCUGAGGAAAAGAGCCUGGGCAGGCGAAUUCCAGAGUUGGAUCCAGUUUGCAGUUACCAAGCAUGGCAGCUGGCCACAAGGGGACGACUUGUGGAGGUCACAGAGAAAUGUCUAGGGUGGGAGGAGAGGCUAGCUGAUGCUGAGGUGGCAUAUGACACGGAAAAGGGCGAGUACGUACCCCUGAAGCAGGAGAAGAAGAGGAAGCAAAUCGACGCCUCCAGCUCCAACAUCAAGAAGAUGAAGGUUGAAACAGGCCUUGAUCACCCAUCAAACAGCUUGGCUCAGGCUAAAGGUGGUGACAAGAAAAUUUGCCACAAGGACCGUAUUCUGUUGAAUGGACUUGGUCAUGCGUUUUACGAGGCUCUGCAGACUAAGAAAGUCAAAGAUGCUUACUUCACACCUAAACAGACCAACAGCAUCAGGAGCCAAGAGCAGGAUGAUUUAGAGCUGCUGCUUGGAAGGAAUGAUAAAACAGCAUACUUCUGCGAGCACUGUGAUUUCCACACUGCCGACGCCUCACUACUCAGGUCUCACCUGCAUAGGCAGCACCAGGACUCCCUGAGUCCUUACAGUAAACACAGCACCAUCUUGGACAACAUUAACCAAAGUGGUUCCAAAGCCUCAAAAUACAUGGACUACCUCAGAAACAGGAGCGCGUUGCUCAGUCAGCCAUACUGGAAUCCUUACACAUGGCCACCUGGCCAGGCCUCAGCAGAGCCAAACAUUAAAACAGAAAAGUCAAAUGGUCCUGAGGUCAAAGGACAGGGACAUACUACUAACGAUGCUGGAAGUCUCCUCAAUCUGUCUUCAUUAACUGUAAGUGAAGGAGACGGUACUGCAAAUUAUCCAAUUAAAAAAGAGGGCCUGGUGAGACAUCAGUGCUCAUACUGCUCCCACACUACCAACUACCCAGAAGUACUGUGGAUCCAUCAGCGGGUUGCACACAGGGUGGAUGGCAGCAGCUCCAUGGCACCCAAGUGGGCACCCUGCACUAACAGCCCCAAGAGUUUCAAGGCAGGUGCUACCCAGUGGAGACGCACAGGGGCCCCGCCAUUCCUCGAAGGAAAGGACUGCCCUGCUUUACCUGCUCCGAAAACACAGCGCACGCAGCCUCCGGGUUUGACAACCCACAGCAGCAGUAGCGGCAGCAGCAGCAGCAGCAAGCAAUCAGCCCCCAAGACCCACUCAGGUGCCCCUAAGUCCAAGCACCAGUCAAAGGACUCGCGCCUUUCAGAUGGGACACAGUCUAGUGGGAGGAUGGGUCUCAUACCUCAAAAGACGUCUGGUGUACAGAAAGGGGCAGAGGAGGGGGGAAGCAAAAGCUCCAGCACCCAAGCUACUUCAUCGACCACUAUUGUGCACAGAAAGAGUGCCCAUAGUGUCCGGCCUCCAAGCAGCCCCAAACACAGAGGCCCCAGAGCUGCAGUGGAAGCAAACUUCCCACAGGAGGGUUUGGGUUUUAUGUUGGCCAGAAAUCACGGUGGGACUUCAUCUAACACAGCUGCAGAUAGACCCAAUCCCCGCAGGCAGUCAUGUGACUCCUCCUCAGGUCCUAAGGGUCCUGAUCUGUGGGCUGCCAUGAACAUGUGGGGUCACAAAGCAUAUUUAGAACCACUCCGUUUUGCUCAGGGAAAAAAUGAAGCAACAGGAGAAAUGCCAAUGGACAUUGAUAUUUUGAGUCUCCUGAAAAACUACAGUCCCCACGAUCUGGCUGCUCUUUACCAGCAUUGGGGGUUCGUUGAUCCCAGGAUUGAUCCACAAGCAAUGUUGCAGUUAAACGGAAAUUUUGGAAAAGAAGUCCAUUCCACCUCUGAAGCUUCCAGACAAGUGAACAGCCACUCCACUUCCUCCUCAGGGUCUCUUCAGAAAGGAACGUGAAGAUACAUCGUGUUCCUGUUGGCGUCCAGCCUGCAUGAUACCGUUGAAUAAAGAGGCCUGCUGUUCUUUAAAGGAAUCAGCCAUAACUCCUAAAAAAGGACAGAGGCAACGGAUAAUGCACACUAUAUGAACAGCAAUGAGGUGGACUCUUAUUUUGUAAUAUGGUUGUUUAAUUUGAAGUGUUAUGCAUGCUUUUUGUUUGUUACGAGUGAAGUUAUGUUAGUUACCAAAACACACAUGAAGGAAAUGGAAAUGAGGUAGAACUGUUUGAGCUUGUUGUAAAACACUUAGUGGUGGUGGGGCGGUGAAGCUACAUUUGCAAUGAUAAAGAGGACAUUAAAUUGGCUAAAGGCCCACAGAUAUCUGCUGGUUUUGAGUGAAAGACGAGCUUUAGCUGGUGAGAUCCAGCAAAACAAUAAAGAAAAACAGCAAAAUCUUAAAGACCGAGUUGCCACUAGAAACACUUCCGAACAUUUUACUUCACUUUUAAUUAUUUAUUUUGAGUUUGUUUGUUUGUGUUUUUGGAGCCUACAAGCUUGUAUAAUGUACUGUUUUUGGUUUCGGGUUAGUACCAUGUUUGAAUGUCUCAACGUUCACAAUAUGCACAUAAAUAUAAAUUGUUUAAAUAAAAAGGCAAAACCAUUUACAGUUUUAAGCCCUUAUUCACAGAAUUAUACACGUGCUGAUCUGAGAAUGGACAGACAGUGUUGGUAAAUUCAUAAGGUCAAGUAAAGUGCUCAGUCACAGCUACUUUUUCAGUGACAGUGAAAAACCAACAAAAGUUUGCUUCCAUGGUUUUCAACUAAAAAUGAUCCCUCUGUAAGGUUCUAUGGGAAGGUUUAAUCAGAGCAGAUUCCAGGCGUUAGCGCUAUUAGCUCAUCAUCCCACACACAUUUAGAGAAACAGGAUGCAGGAUUUUUAUAGUAUCACUGUGAGCCCACGUUCACAGGAUUAACUUCAAAUUAAAUAGCUGGCAAAAAUAUUUCUCCAUGAGACUUUUUAUAUACUUUGUGUACAUUCUCUAAAACCUUGCCAUGCUUUUGACAGAACAUGAGCAUCAUACCUCAGGAGUUUCUUUAUGUAAAUUCAGUAUGUACUCAAGCAUACCCAAAAAUGUUAAAGGGCAUCAUCAGCCAUCUUCUGCCAGUGACCAAGUUAAUUAACUAUUUCCUUCCAGUUUACAACUGCAAAUUAUACCACUUAAUGUAAAUCCUCAACAACUAGGGCAGCAUUAAAUCCUUUUUAAAAUUGGACAUCCAUGUCAAGUGGCACCAUGGUCUUUUAUCACUCAACAUUUAUCUAUGGCAAAUCCAUAGCUAUUGCUAAAGGUCCAGAAUGGACAAUCAGUUAUUGUGAGAAAAUCAAAAAAUAUACCUAAAUUGGUGGUCGUUGCUGUAUUGAGUCUGUCAAACAAGUUUGUGUGUCAAAAUAACCGAACAACAAUGACAUGUGGCGUUCUGCUUUAUAAUUCCAAGUUUGAAAUUUAAAUGCUCCAAUUCAUUUGUUUUUUCUCCUGUCAGAACAAUAGCGUAAACAUCUGCACUCAUUUCACAUUGUGCUAGUGAUGUAGCAAAUUUAAUGCUGUGAUUUUUAGAAGUAGAAACUGUAGCAAUAACAAUUUCUACUGAUGUGGCCCCCGACUUAUAUCUGCCAGUCAAGCUACUUAACUUUCUGAAAUUCACCUCCUUCUCAAUUUGUUUUUCAUGUGUUGUCUGUUUGCAAAUUUCUUUAGUAUGUUUGUAUUUUAGUUCUGAUUCCGUGUAUUCAUCUCCCAUAGAGAAAUAGUCUAUGCAUUUGAUAAAAAAAAGCCAUCAACUUGUGGAUUCUUGGGAGAUCUAGAGAAUACAUAAUUUAUUACUGGAGUAUUGACUGUUUUUUGAUAAAAAUUGUAAAUUAUCGUUUUAUUUAAUGUUUGUUUUGUUUGCUAAGAGUGGAAUUUUAACACUCCUAAGUACUUGAUAUUUGUAGUAACAAUAGAAAAUUUUAAAAAGACAAAAAAAAGGAUUUUUUCAGUGACACACUUGAGGUCAGAGUGCAGGGUCAGUCGGGAGUGAAGCUCCUGCAGGAGGUAUUAUUGAGCCUGUGGUCUAAAACAGCUGUCUGUGAAGAUGCGGCUGCAGACAUUUCAGCAGGGGAGGAGUGCCAGGUAAACAGUGAGACAGCAAUUUUUAUGCAAACCUGAACUUUUAUGCAUACCUAAAGCUUAAAGUUGGGCUCUCACUGGGAUCAUUUUUGUGACUACGGAAAGAUAUUUCACAGUUAAGAAUUAUGUUGGUAUUGGGAUUUCUAUUUUUGCCAGUUCCACAUUUUUGUUUGACUGUAAAAAUAUACAAAUAAAGUUUUGUCAAUGUA